CAUCAGCCUGGGUUUUAUAAGGGCGUGGCGGGCUCACAGGUGACCCUGUCCAGCCUGGUGAACCAGUCCCGGGCCAUGCUGGAGGAGCAGGCUCGCCACCUGCUGACGGAGGUGGAGCGGCAGACCAUGGUUUACUACGUGGAGGAGUACCGGGACGGGCACAUCGGCGCGGAGCAGCUGGUCAUGGCCUUGUUCGAGCUCCUCAACACUCAUGCAAAAUUCUCUCUGCUGUCCGAGGUGCGAAGUCUGGUCGCCCCGCAGGACCUGGAGUGUUUCGACGGGAUGGUGCUGCGACGGGAAAUCCAGGCUCUGAAGGCGCGGCAGGGCAAAGCCGGAGCGACGGCCCUGCAGCCGGACACCCUGUCCAUGGUGUCGUACCCAGAUACCCUGACCUCAUCCUCAGCCAGCUUCAUGACCAACACCACCCUCAGCUCUGCACGGGAAAGGCUGCUCUGGCUCAUAGAUAUGAUGGAGAACGACAGCGUGGUGGAGACCAAUGGGAAGGAUCCUCCGGAGAGUCUGAACACUCUGCUGACCGACAUCUCUCUGGAUGAUGUUCAGUCCACCACUGCAGAAUCUCCCCCCUCCUUCAAGCCUCCGCCCCCACCGGGGGUGCAGAGGCGCCCGAGCAGACGAGAUCAGCUCAACAAGUGCCCCUCGUCCGAAUCCUCCCACUCGGGCUUGUACUUCACGGCCCCGCCCUCCCACAUCCAUAGCAGAGAGUCAGGACACGCCCCCGCCUCACCCGCACUCCGCCACAAACGAGAGCCCGCCAGGGACCCGUCUCAGGAUUACGCGGCCGUCAGAAAGCGAGAUCAUUCGCUACCUUCCAAGAAGGAGCAGAUAGCAGCUGCUCAGUUGUCCGUGGUCGCCCGGCACAACAUUGGCCCUUUUCCCAGAGUGCAGUCCCCCAACAGAAGCACCAAACCCGCUGCCCCCUCCCCUUCUCCUCCGCCUCCACCUCCACUCCCUGCUCCUCAUCCGCCCCCAUCUCUUCCCCUUAAACCCGUGUCCUUGUCCAAAGCCUCCCCCGCCUCCUCUCCUGCCUCUAAACAGCAGUUUGUUACAGUGGAGGUUCACAGGCCCAAUGCAGAGCCUGACGUCAACGAAGUGCGGCCGCUGCCACAAGCUCGAGGUGGCGCCCUGUCUCAGCUGUCAGACAGUGGCCAGACCCUCAGUGAGGACAGUGGCGUGGACAUAGCUGAGUCAGCACACGUCAGCAAAGACAGCAGCCCCCAUUCCUCACGCACUCGCCUCCCCCGUGACACCCAGGGAGGCGGGGGGAGCAACCCCUCCAAACCGGUGAGGGGCUGG